AUGACCAGCGAGAUCAUCGACUUUUUGGGCCCGCUCGGGUUCGACUCCGCCUGGAUGGAGUGCGAGCACGGCCCGGUGGACUGGGAAGCCCUGGGCGACAUGACUCGUUCCUGCGACUUGUGGGGCAUGGCCUCCGUCACCCGGUGCAAUGCCAACGAUGCCGCGCUGAUUACCCGCACCCUGGACCGCGGCUCCAUGGGCGUGGUCCUGCCCCACGUCAACACCCGCGAGGAGGCGGAGGCUGCGGGCGCCCGCUUCCUCAUGACUUCGUGGAACGCCUGGGUCACCCGCGGCAGCUCCGGGUUCCUGGGCCGGAUACCGUAA